CUGAUGCACUGUGACCAACUGGCCGGUCUUCUGUGCCACGAUGAAAUAGCGAUCUUCAAACUAGAGACAUGGAGUUCUGAUAUGUGAAAUCCCAUUGCAAGAAACCACCUGAAAAGAAGCAGGACCCUGACCAUAUUGAAGAAAAUGGCAUCCCAGGGAGAAGCCUGCGAGGAGAGAAUUUAUGAGUUUGAUGAUGAUUUGGCCUCUGAGUUCUCUGCUCUUCUCGGUGUGGACGCACUUCAGAUCUUAAAGAGACAGCAUGAAGAAGACCACAAAGAACGAAUGAAGAUGAAGAAAGGUUUUAACUCACAGAUGCGCAGUGAAGCCAGAUUAAUGACUUUUGUGACCUAUGAGUCAUUCAAAUCAUGGACGCCUCAGGACAUGGCAGCUGCUGGGUUUUACCAUACCGGGGUAAAACUUGGGGUGCAGUGCUUUUGCUGUAGCUUAAUCCUCUUUAGCACCAGACUCAAGAACCUUCCUAUAGAAAUCCACAAGAAAUUACAUCCAGAAUGUGAGUUCCUGUUGGGCAAAGAUGUCGGUAACAUUGGCAAGUAUAACAUAAGGGUGAAGAGUCCAGAGAAGACACUGAGAAGCGGCAAAGCACAAUACCAAGAAGAGGAGGACAGGCUGGAGUCCUUUGAGAAGUGGCCUUUUUAUGCCCAUGGGACCUCGCCACGUGUACUCUCCGCAGCUGGCUUUGUCUUUACAGGUGAAAGGGACACUGUGCAGUGCUUCUCCUGCAGUGGAUGUCUGGGAAACUGGGAAGAAGGAGACCAUCCCUGGAAGGAGCAUGCCAAGUGGUUCCCCAAAUGUGAAUUUCUUCAAAGCGAGAAAUCUUCAGAGGAAAUUGCCCAGUAUAUUCAGAGCUACGAGGGAUUUGUUCAUGUAACGGGAGAACAUUUUAUGAAUUCCUGGGUCAGAAGAGAAUUACCCAUGGUAUCAGAUCAACUCUUUGCUAACUUGAACAAGUUCCCCGGCCUGAAAGAACUGUCUGUGAGACUAGAUGGCAAAGCAGAUGUGCUUUCAGUCCUUCCUGGAGAGUUCCCAAACCUCCACCACAUGGAGAAGUUAUCCAUCCAAACUUCUAUGGAGUCUGAUCUCUCCAGACUAGCCAAGGGAGCAACCAGCAGAGGCUUCCAAAACCUUGAGAACUUAGACAUUUCAAUGAAUCACAAAAUUACAGAGGAAGGAUAUAGACACUUCUUUCAAGCCCUCAACAACCUGCCAAACUUGCAAGAGCUGAACAUUUCCAGGCAUAUCCCAGAACGAAUCCAAGUGCAGGCCACCACUGUCAAGGCGCUGAGUCAGUGUGUGAUGAGACUGCCCAGACUCACCAGGCUCAGGAUGCUCAGCUGGCUCCUGGAUGAAGAAGACAUGAAAGUGAUGAAUGCUAUGAAAGAAAGACACCCUCAGUGCAAAUGCUUGAUUAUUCACUGGAAAUGGAUAGUGCCAUUCUCUCCUGUCAUUCAGAAGUGAAGGAUGCAGCUGAAGGCUACCGACAGUUCUACAAACCCAAUAUUUGAAUACAUUUAACAUUAACUGACUAUGGGAUAAUCCCAGCAUUUAGGAGACUGAGGCAGGGAGAUCAAGAGGUUGAAUUCACCCUGGGUUACAUAACUAGUCCUUAUUUUAGACCUAAAUCAAAAUCAAACUGUUUCAUAACUAUUGCAUAUACAAGAAUGGCCAGGCUGGUAACUGUUUGAAAGCCUGAAUACCUCCAUGGAACUAUGAUGAACAGUGCCUUGGCAGUCCUUACAUAGUCAUGUUUAAAGAUUAGAGCUUCAGUCACGUUCAUACAGAAAACCCUCCAUUUCCAAGGUCAGCCAGAAGGGAGGGGCUGGGGAAAGAACACUGAUCUAUGUAAAAAGCACAGCAUGGAAGGAGUAUUUGAUGGAGGUUAGAAACAGUUAUAGUAUUGAAUUAGUCCCACACAUGAUGAAGCAUGAGUCAACUUCACCACAGGAUGCAGCUGCCUCUUUCCAGGAGAUGCUCUGGUCUUUGCAUGGCUUUUAUGUGUUCACCAGCCUUGGUGUGGCCAUGCUAGCUAAUGCCAUCUCUCCUUUGACAACAUGAGGGAAAAUACGGGCUUAGAGAUGCUUUUGUUCUAGAGGCUCUGGGGAGUUACAUAUGUUAUGAUAGCUUUAUAACUUUUCUGGAAAUCCACUCUGUUCAGGGUAUAAUCUCUUCAGGUUUUAAUCUUAUACCCUGAAUUUCUGGGUAUUUUAAACUUGAUUGUGAUAAUUAUUUGUCAUUUCAUAACUUUCGCCUCUCUAGAGGCAGUGAACCUGGAAGAAGAGAACCAAUAAAUAAGGUAGACUAAA